AGCGUUCCUGGUAUGUACCACAGUUCCUGGUCGGCGCUUGCCGUGGUUGUCUAGCUGCCGUUUCCAUCGUAACAAACUGGUGUUGCGCUACGAACAUUAAAGCAGGCAAGAGCGGCCUAAAAGAUAUAUGCUGCUGUUUAUAAAUGGCACACCUCACAGGGAGCAACCAGGACUCGUCGAGGGAACGGUCACGUCAGGGCAAGUGGCUAACUCUCUCAAGAUGGGUGGCGUCGAGAUCGUCGUCGGAGUCGUCUCUCAGCUCGGCCCUACUGAAAAUAAGCGACCGAGAAGACGACGAACCGCGUGGCCCUGUAGAGCCUCGACCACGGAGUGAAGCCUUCCGGCCGCGACGCGAAAGUGCGAAAAGAAAACUGCAAAGUGAAACUAGGCCGUCGUCAGGAACGCUGCCUCGGGACUCAUCUGGUAACAAGCCUGCAGAGCCAUCUCCCGUGUCUUCACCACAGCCUGAUGGUACAGGACCAUCAGGACGCCGGUCGUUCUGGCGCACAUCUUAUCAACCUGACGAGGACAGUUCGAUACAACACACUCCUAUCGGCAGUCCAGGACCAUCCGGACGCCAGCCGUUAUGGCGCACCUCUUAUCAACCUGACGAGGGCAGUUCGAUAUAUCACGGUCCCACCGGCAGUCCAGGACCAUCGGGACGCCAGUCGUUCUGGAGUCGUGGUGAGGACAGUUCGGGACUUCACAGGGCACCGCCGGCCUCCUCAACGCGAGUCAGUGCUCACAGUGCCGAGAAAACUGCGCCCGAAGUCGAGCCUACUGACAGAGUCAGCGGCGCGAGACAGCCCGAUGCUAGUUUGCAGCAUCCUGCCGGUAGUCAGCCGACACGGAGCGCCGCGAGCACGCCUCGCCAUGGGGAACCUGCUUUAGAACCCUGCGGUAAACGUGCUGCGACGUCAACGAGCGGCAAGAACGAUGCGUCUAGGGCAAAACCCGUCGCCGAAGUCGACAGGGCAACGCAGGGGCGCGCGUCGUCGCCCAUUUCGCGGCCGUCCAAGCAACAAAAGCAGGGAACAGCAGCGAAAAGGCCAGUAGGCUACAGAGUGCUCAAGGAAAUGGCGCGGUUUCGUGCGGGUACGCGAAAGCUAAUCCCGCGGCUGCCAUUCGGGAGAGUGGCGCGCGGGAUCGUGCGGCGCCACACGACAGGUGGUCACGAUUUGAGGAUGCAAAAAUCAGCCCUUGAAGCGCUGCAGGAGGCCAGUGAAGCAGUCAUUGUGGCAGUUCUCGAGGGCGCGGCCUUGAUAGCUCACAAUGCUCGCCGUGUUACCAUCAUGCCGCGGGACAUAGAAACACUGCUGACCAUCAUAAGAGAUUAUGCAAGCCUUCAUUCUUCUCUUUAUGCAUAAAGCAUUUUAAAUUUUAUUUAUUUUACUUAUUUUAAUAUUUAUUAUGACGCAGAAUGCAUUAUGACAGUGCGUACUAUAAUGAUAAUAAAAGUUUACUAGGUGUGCAUA